CUGAGUGCUCCAGAGCAAACAUCCCGCCCUUGUGCAUCCCCCCUGCACUCUCACCUGCCCGGACCUACCAUUCCUAUCUGCUGUGUGAGAACUUAUCUCCUCAGUGGAAGUUGGUUGCGCACCUUCAGGGAUCUCUCAACAUUGGUUGUUCUUCUUCUAUCCAUUUCUCCUUUCUUUGUGAAUCGUUAUCAGGAGCAGCCCUGCUGGGAAGGGCAGACUACGUGCCUGUUUGGGGAGUCUUACUGACUGUCACUUCAUUGCCGGGAGCUGCCAGUUGAUAUCCGGGCCAUUCCAGGUGUAGGUGGCCCAGGCUUGGUUGGGCAGCUCCUCCGUCGUUGGGAUCGGAUCGUGGGCUAUGGAAGCAAGUGCAAGGAUUUCCCUGGUCGUGUGUGUGCUGUGUGCAGCCACCCUAAGGACAGGCUAUGGGCUACAAACAGUCAAUGCAGUUUUUGGAGAAACGAUUAUAAUACCAUGUGGUCGUGAAAUAGUGGAAGAUCUACUGUUUGCAAGCUGGAAAUAUGAAACACCUGAUGGAAUUGCAGUAUUUCUAGCUUCCCGGUCUGCAGUGAAAAACAAAAUCAACUAUGGUGAUGCUCCAGAAUACAAAAAUCGUUUGGAACUGUCAGAAAACUAUACAUUAUCCAUUGCAAAUGCAGUAAUAGAUGAUGAGAAGCGAUUUGUGUGCAUGCUUGUUACAGUAGACAAUGUUUUUGAAGAACCAGCAGUAGUCAAAGUGUUCAAGCCUCCAUCAAAACCAGAAAUUCUAGAGCAGCCAAAAAUCAUGGAAACAGGAAAGAUAAAUAGGGUUGGAGUCUGUGUUGCUAAAGAUAGCUACCCAGAUGGAAACAUUACGUGGUUCAGAAAUGGCAAGAUGCUUUUGCCAGUUGAUAGAGCUGUGAUUAUAGUGUGGCAUAAAGAAAAAAAUUCUUCUAGUGGCCUUUAUAGCACGCACUCAUCACUUCAGUACUUGACAACAAAGGAGGACAUAAGAGCUUUUUUCAGCUGUACAGUUACCUACUUUAUGCCAAAUGGACAAGUAUCGGCUGAAUCUGACACUGCUAGCUUUGAUAUUUAUUACCCGACAGAGAAGGUAACAAUUCAGAUACAGCCAUCAAAAAAGUACAUAAAGGAAGGUGAUAACAUCACUCUCCAAUGUAGAGGAAAUGGUAAUCCGCCUCCGCAAGAAUUUUUGUAUUACCUUCCAGGUCAAGAACAAGGUAUCGUCAGUUCAAGUGCCUACCACAUAACCGACAUAAAACGAAAUGCAACUGGGGAUUAUAAAUGUUCUCUAUCAGAUAAAAACAUGAUGGCAUCUACAACAGUCACUGUGCAUUAUCUAGACCUGUCUUUAACACCAAGUGGAGAGAUUACUAAACAAAUUGGAGAUUCCUUUUCUGUGUUGUGUGUUCCAUUUGCAAGUAAAAAUGUAUCAGUCCUUUUUAUGAAAGACAGCAAAAUAUUGACAGCAAUCCCUUCUAAGAACUUACAGUAUCGUGAUUCAGGUGUUUACGAAUGCUUGGCUAACCUGGAAGAGGAAGGUUUACAAAGUCGAAAAACAUUUAAGCUUACCGUAGAAGGAAAACCAAAACUUAAACUAAUAAAAAAUCCGUUCUCUGAUGGAAAGACUAAAACAAUCAGUUAUGAAGUUGAAGGCUUUCCAAGACCAGAAGUGUACUGCUCCAGUGCAGGACAAUUGGUCCACCUAAACAAAACAGAAGAGACGGUGAUAAGUAAUAUUAGGUAUUCUGCCAAAAUCAUUAUCUCACCAGAAGAAAAUACUACUAUAAGUUGUGUAGCUGAAAACAGGCUGGGAAGAGAAGUUCGAUCACUAAAUGUUUCAGCAAUCAGCAUCCCAGAGAAAGAUGAGCGUAAUGAUAGCAGUGAUGACAGUAGUGAUCAUGCAAAACUCAUUGUGGGAAUUGUCGUUGGCCUUCUCCUGGCCGCACUUGUCGCUGGAAUAGCCUAUUGUUUAUACAUCAGGAAAUCUGGCGCAGGAACGAAACAUGUAGGAAAAGAACUUGGAAACAAAGAAGAAAACAAGAAGCUUGAGGAAAAUAACCACAAGUCAGAAGCCUAAGAAUUGUAUAAAUUACAAAUAACUCAAGGAAUGUUGUAAAGAUCUUUCUAAAGAAGAAUCAAAGUGGAUUGUAAUUAUGGAGAUAAAAGGAGAAGCUGCAACUAGUCAUGGUUGAAGUAUUAACAUUUGUACCAAGUUGUCCCAGGAUUAUAAGGAAUAAUAUCUCAGUACCGGAUAAACAAAAACUGUUCAAACAGCCAUGAUGAUAGCUUACCAUGUUGUGUUUUGUUAUUUUUAUGUAAAUGUCUGCACUGAAAAUUUGUUUUGCCUUUUAUGUAAAUUUUUUUACGUAGCUAUUUUUAUACACUGUAAGGCUUUGUUCUGGAGUUGCUGUUCUCGGAUGUAAAGCAUAAUGUUAUAUAUAUAUUUUUUUUGUAUAUUUUACACUGUUGACUGCACAGGUAAACAUGAAGUUCUGAUUGCUAUCAGUAACUAUAAUUAUCAGUUAGGAAAUUUUGCCAUUGCACAAAUUAUGUUUUGCCAAUGUUAUUACAAUUAAUGGCCAUUUCAAUGCUAAAAUAAAUGAAAAACGUUUGCCACCACCAUUGUGCAAUUCUGCUUGCAACGGCAUCAUUGACAAACUUCGCUACAUUAAUCAGAAUGAUGUUACUGAUAGCAUUUCAGAUAGAACUGGUUUCUUAUUUUCCAUAAUUUAUGAAUGACUGGAAUUCACAUGGUUCUUUACUGCCUUACAUCAUCAAAGGAAACAAAACACUAAAAAAAUGCGCCCAACAAGGGGCAGAUCCAAGGGAUUAUUUAAAGAAAGAAUCCCAAAUAAUUUAUAAAUUUUUAUAUUCUUCAAUACAUUAUGUAUUUAAUUGGAAGUUUCUGUCUAUUUUACAUUAGCACAGAAUAUGGUUAAAAUUAGUAAGAUUUCAUUCUUCAUUCCUUCUGUCUUUGGUCUUUUUGUGUAUUUCCUGUUUUUGGUAAACUAACAAUUGCAACUAUUUGCAUCUACUUACCUCAUCCCCUGAUAAUAAAAUGGAAUGGUACAAAUGGGGUUUUAGAAAAAAUGGGUGGAAAUUGUUAAAUUGCAGUAAAUAGUUUUUGCCAUAUUUUUUCUUAACAAUCACCAUUAUUGGCCCUGGACUUGCAGGCUAGGUUUACAUGUAUUCCUGUGUGCUCUUGUCUAAUGGUUGGGAUAUGGCAUAUGUAAGCACCUUUGGUCUGGAAGGUUGGGUUACUUUUGUUCUUUAAUCCAGAGAUUGCCACAACCAGGAGUCUUUAAAUGGGAUGCUUUUAUGUUGUGAAGCACUUUUGUUUCACAGCCAUGCAUUUCAGUAUAUACUUCUCAAAUGGCUCAUAUUCACUUGUGCUUGCUCUUGCAUCCAUUGGGUGCUGUUUUAUGUACCAGUUGUGCAUGAGCUUAAUUUAAGUGUCAGUGACACCUACUAAAGAUUCAGAUGGAUAGUUGGCACCACAUAAUCAGAAAAACAUCUUCUGCUUUAUUACAGCUGCCAGUACCUAGACACACAUUUUAUCAGGAAUCAUGUUGUUAUGUUUCUGGAGUAAUUUCCCUUGUGGUGACUGAUAAACUAAUCUUGAAUUAUUGUAUUUUAAUUCUUGCAAAUUCUCAAAUAAGUUAAUCUUGAGUCUUACCUAAGAAAUUAUGGUCUUAUUAUAGUAUGGGCUGGCAGUUUCCAGCCAUUUAAGGAGUCAAUUGACACCACAAAAAAUAAUAAUACAGGUAUGGGAUCCAGAAACCCAUUAUCCAGAAAACUCAGAAUUAUGUGAUAGCUGUCUUCCAUAAACUACAUUAUAUCCAAAUAAUCCAAGUAUUUAAAGGGAUUCUGUCAUGAUUUUUAUUGUGUAGUUUUUAUUUCUAAAUUAAACUGUAUACACCGUAUGUAAUUCACUCUAGCUUAUAAAGUUUCAUUCCUAACCCAAUAAGUGUAAAUUAGCUGUAAUAUUGGUGUGUAGGCAGCCAUCUCAGGUUAUUAUGCCUGGUGAUGUGCUUUCAGAAAGAGCCAGUCCUGCACUAUGGACCUGCUUUCUGACAGGCUAUUGUUCCUCCUACUCAAUGUAACUGGAGAAGUUGCAGUGGGACUUGGAUAUUUACUAUUGAGUGCUGUUCAUAUAUCUACCAGGGAGCUGUUAUCUGGUUACCUUCCCAUUGUUCUGUGAUGGGCUUCUGGGGGGGAGGGAGGAGGGUUAUAUCACUUCAACUUGCAGGGCAGCAGUAAAGAGUGACUGAAUUUUAUCAGAGCACAAGUCACAUGACUGAGGUACCUGGGAAACUGACAAUAUGUAUAGCCUCAUAUCAGAUUUAAAAA